AUGGCAUCUUUACAGUCGACGCAAGCACCCUUGGUCUUCAAGUUAGGCUCCGUUCUUGGGCACGGUGCCUAUGGCAAGGUAUAUCGUGCCGUUGAGACGAGGGAAAGCUCGCGCGGAGCCGUGGCAUUGAAGAAGUCCCGCGUUUCCUUACGAGUCAAGCGGACAAUCCUUCAGCACGAAAGCCGUAUACUCCAGCUUCUACAAGAUCAUCCAAUGAUUCCAGCGGUUUAUGCGUACGGUCGAUUUGAACAUUUCGAAUACUUUGCGAUGGAGCUGCUUGGCUCCAACGUCAAAGAAUUGUCUCCCCAUCCUCGGGGUGCCGCGCUCAACACUGUUCUACUACUGGCAGACCAGAUGCUAUCUGUUUUGGAACACAUCCAUUCACGUGGAAUAAUUCAUCGCGAUAUCAAGCCUGAGAACAUGCUGCUUUCCCUUCAAAAUCCUUCUCGUAUAUGUCUGAUUGAUUUUGGAAUCGCCCGUUACUAUCCAACGGGAACACCUGCCUGUCACGAUCCAAUCAUCGAGCGAAAGCACAUCAUUGGAACGCUGAACUGGGCAAGUCUCAAUGCACACUAUGGUCUAGACCUUUCCCGCCGUGAUGAUAUUGAAUCGUUGGCGUAUACCCUUCUCUUCUUGAUUAGAGGCGAUCUCCCAUGGCGCAAAGAUGACCACCGCGGGACCGUUUUUGGCACUAUGGCACAUGUCCGCGAACAGAAGAAGGCGUGGCCGGGCUCGAGGCUCGCUGAAGGAUAUCCCGCUGAAUUCGGUCAGCUUCUCGACCACGCUCGUUCAUUAGAUUUCAAUGAAAAGCCUGAUUACUCUCGUUUUCAACGCAUGUUCAAGGACUUGUAUCAGCGCUCUGGCUUUGCUGACGAUGGGGUAUUUGACUGGUCCUCGGCAUUACCCUCUCAGACCGACAGUGGUUCACCGCCUGCUCGAGAGACACCUGAUCCAAGUCCAGUCCUUACCGCCGGCCAACUUGUUUAUGUGCAAGUUUUGGCUAGUCCUACGAUUGAAGGUGACCUACGUCUGAAAGAUACUAGUCAUUGGCACGACCCUUCCUUCGCAAAGGACGAAUGGCAGUCACCUCCACGGCCUGCCGUCGUAGUUCAAUGUAUCUUCAACCCGGAGCAUGGUCGACAUGAAGCGGUAGUGGCCGCUCUCAAACGCGGUCAGCCGCCGGACCCGAUUCUCUCAGUGCGCAUAAGUCAUGGACUCGAACGACAGGAUGUUGAUGCCUCGAACAUCAUCUGCACACGUCCGCCUUGGAUCCUUCAGGAUACUUACUGCUAUACCUUUUCUGAAUUGAACAAAUUCGCUCCGGUUGACGAUCAACCGAUUCCUGCAUAUUUUCAGAUCCACGCCGAUGACGUUCAAAUCUUGUCCGAGAAGCUAGCUGUAGGAGACUGGAAACUGCCAAACCAGGAGGACGCAAACGCGCUCGAAAGCAUGAGGAAACGAUCCGAGUCUACAGUCUUCGCUCGCAUUACACCCAUACGUCCGGAUACAAUUGAACGUACGACAGACGGCUCGCCCGUCGAUUGGACUAGCCAUCGAGGCUGGUUCGAUGAGCUCGUCAAGAUCAGCAAACGAAGGGCGUGGGACGACGGGUGGCCAUGGACUGGCACAAUAGAAGCUACCCGAGCUGAGGAAGGGGCGACGGAGCUGUCUGACAGCUAUUUCGGAUGGGACAUCGCAGACUGGGAGAUUCAGGAAGAACGCGAUCUGUCUUUAACCCUACCGCCGGGCGAGUCGGACCUGCUAGAUGCGCAGAUUGAACGCAUUAGCGAGAUUAUCGCUGGCUAG